CGGGGGGAGGGGCUGAGGGGAGGGGUCGGGGCGAUGCAGGAGGUCAGGGCUGUGCCGAGUCCCUUUGAGCAGAUGAGCCGGAGGAUGGAGGACCUCGCGGGUGACCGAGGUGCGCUGAAGGAGACGCUGAGAUCCGGCUCUGGCCCCGUCGUUCCCGCCGACGCAUUGGUGUCAGUUUAUUACAGUGCUUAUGUGGAACACGCCAACGAGCCGUUCGACUCCAACGUGCACAGGAAGGUUCCGGGCUUCAUGAAGCUGGGCCGAGAUAUCACGCUGGUUGGCAUGGAACUGGGGGUGCGGACCAUGAGAGAAGGAGAGUUCGCCCGCUUUCUCCUGAAGCCGGAAUAUGCGUACGGGCGGCUCGGUUGCCCCCCUCGAAUCCCGCCCAAUGCCACAGUCCUCCUGGAGCUGGAGAUGUUGGGUUUUCUGGAUACUUCCAUCUCAGAUGAAUAUUUUGCCCUUUCACAGGAGGACCAGACCAGGUUCCCGCUGGACAAGCUGCUGAGGGUGGCGGAGACGCAGCGGGAAUUUGGGAAUUACUACUUCAGAAAGCAGCGAUUUGAGGACGCCAAGGAUAAGUAUAAGAAGGCCCUGGCUGUGUUCUCUCACCGACACCCGGAGAGCGAGCAGGAGUUGGAGAGAGUCCAGGCCUCGAAACUGCUGCUGUUCCUCAACAUGUCCCUGGUGGGCCUGCGGCUGAACGCACCCAGACGUGCCCUGGUGUACGGAGAGCGGGCGCUGGACAUCGACCAACAUAACCCCAAAGCUUUGUUCCGCUGUGGCCAGGCCUGCUUCGAGAUGCUGGAGUACAACAAAGCCAGAGUCUUCCUGCUCCGAGCACAGAAACGUCAGCCCUUCAACCCUGACAUCAACCGUGCUUUGGUCAAGCUGGACAGCUCGUAUCGGGAUUGGAGCCAGAAGGAGAAGAACAUGUGCAGCAAGAUGUUUGGUUCCUCACAGGCACAGCACGUCCAGGAUUAAGGCUGCAGGAAUGACAUCUCUGGACAAUGGACAAGAGGAAUGGAACCAUAUGAGCAAAAUACUGAAUCAGUUCCAUACACGUGUUUAGCCCCAGUGUCCCUCUGUCACCUUAAACCCAGGACAUCUAAGUUUCAUCGUAGUACGUACUUUCAUAGCACAUUCACUCUAUACUUGGGCCUAUCGGAGCAAUUGCUAACACGAGUUGUCUUUGUGUGAAGGAAGUGCAGGAAUGAGCACUUCAUGCUGUUUGCAGCUCUGUGUGGAUGUGAGGCACAGGGUAACACAGUCUGCAUCGUAAAUAUCAGGACCACAGGGAGGUACCGAGGCCGGACAUCACCACUACAGCCACAGAUGGGCAACUCCUUAAGGGUACUGGCCAAGAGCAUGCUCCAGGGAUACAUUCCACCCAUUACUUCAGUGACAGUGCAGUGUAAGUAGCCGAUGCUGUCUGGCACGUUAGCCAAUGAUCAGCUUCUAUAAGGUGUCAAGAAAAAGGGAUACUGUGUGUGCAGGGAAUAUAGACCAUAUAGUCUUUGUUUUAUACACAUGUGCACCCCAAGACUGGUGUACACGUGUUGGUUUGGGCCAGGCAUUGCUGGGACCCUUGUUCCUUUAGCAUCUGUUCAAUGUACAAGUGUUUAUUGACUUGAUAUAAAUGCCACAAAUUGAGGGAAUGUUCCUGUGCACUUCAUGUUGGUGUUAUCUGUCCGAGACCCGCACUCGUGUGGCCAGAGAGCGUGAACUCGGAGACGGGCGCGACGCUAUCGUUCUCGCUUCUGUUUAUUCCUUUUGGGAGAACGUUUGUGUUUGAGGUUUGAGUUUGAAAUAAACGGUUGGCUGUU